UCUGUUCUCCGGCCCCUUGCCCCUUUGAGCCACUAUCUUGACCUACUACCUUCCAGCUAUCAUUAAGCCGUUGAUGGUAGUGCUUGAAAAGUAGUAAUUGGACCUGGCAGUUGCCUACAGCGCUAAGUCGGCCUGUUUACGUUCGACGAGGCCCCUAUCAUUUGCAGGGUCUGUCUGUUUGUCUAUCGGUUCUGGUGAGACUAUUGGUCGAGUUCCAUCAGCAUGCACGUUAGUAAACGGUUGUGUGUUUGUUUCUACAAGCUAUUCUCCAUCCCCUUUCAUGUGUUGGAAUCGUAAGCAGAGCAAAUCGAAUCUUCGGGAGUACAACAAAAUAUUUUUUUGCGGCGGUUAACAUUGGAAGUGAUUUUUUCUGAAUAUCCCAAUUCUUCUUUGAACCGUGCAUGGAUUUCGCACACCUUGAGACAAGCGCUUUUCCCAACACUUAAUCGACUCACUCAUUGACGAGAUAGUGGUAGCGAAACGGGCGUCAGUGUUACGCGUACGUGAACGAGUGACGAUCGAUCUCAGUGACUUGAUGUUCCACCGGCAAGAUGUGUCUACUAGCAGUCGAAGCAGCGGUGACAUUACGAGUGUUCGAAUCAUUCUUUAUAGGCCCCGGUCUACGGUGGGCAUUAUGGCUCUGACUAGCUGCAACUGUUCUAGCCUGACGGUUGAAACAACUAGCUAAAUGCUGAAGUUGUCCACUGCGUGCGAAGUGAUCAAACCACAACACUAGAAGCUAAGCCAGUACGGCCACGGCCAUUGCGUAGGCCAUCACGUUAUUGAACGCAGCGCCGAAUCGGAUUGGGGCGACAGCAACGGUUGCAGUAAUAAAGGCUCGCUCAGUCGCUUAUGGGAGAAUAAUCCGUCGAUGCGACACUGCUUCAGUCAGUCACUCGUUUUUUUCAUGUAGCCGGCGCUUCACACGCACUGUGUUGGCUACACACUCGUCAAGAGCACAGAGAGGCCUUAGAAUAUUGCACGAUUGCCUAUGCUACUACCUCUGCCACAGGGACAGAAGAGGUUGCCGGGUAACGAAAACGAGUGAACUUGAAGUUACACUUGUUAGUGACGCUUCGAGGCUGACACCUAUUCAAACAAUGCUCCAGAUCGAAUGCCUGUAUUAUAUGGUAUAUAAUCCACUCAACACGGUUAUAGGACAACGUUGUGUAAGAAGCAAAUCUUCGACGCUUCAACAGGUGUGGCGGAACAUCGCCGUGGUGCAUAUCUAUCUUUAUUGUGUUUUCUUUUGCGUGCAGUGGUUCUAAAGGCGGAAUCUACAGCGAAGAAGAGUCUCAAGAAGGAAAUGUAUUUGUGAGUAAAUGUAAACGAAGUGACCCGUUUCAGCGCCAGCUUCACGAUAGCAAGCUAGCUUACGCAUUGCAAUCGUCCAUUCAUUUGUUACCAACAAGCCAUAGUUGUGUCACAUUAGAGAUCGCUAGCUCUCCGAAAUAACUUGGUACAAUUUGCAGACCGGAUCUUUGUAUCAUGUGAAUUAAUAUAAUCAAGUUCUCCAAAAUAAAAUACGCUCUCGGGGUGUAACGAAGUGCUUCACGUCGCUUCAAAAGGAGCAAAAGCGCCGACGAAGUCAGAUUUGCUACUACAUAGUUAUAAUUAUCGAUUCUAUAUAUACAUAUACACAUAUAUACAUACAUGUAUACAUAUAUAUAUGUAUAUAGCUAGAGGUCAGAUAAUUUCCAGAUUUCUUGUGUAUACUUGGAAGCAACUCGUUAGCGAUCUAUCGUUGGUUUCUGGUUGGAUAUCAAAACGGAACCGAACGCUAUUGUAUUCCAACGCUCCUAGAAAAUAUUGACGCUUAAUUUAAACAAGUAUCUAAUCAAGGGAGAGAACAACGGGCCGAUUUUUUGUCACCCGAAGUAGACAAUAGAAAAAAAAUAAAGAGGAAUGAAGACGAGAGAAAGGUGAGAAAGAGGAUAGACAAACGCAUCGACAUUAGCCUGGAAUGGACGAGAAAAUUACUACUCACUGACUGAAAGUUGCUCACUCAAAACUCAAAGGAAAACUUGAUUUUAACUGCUAUUAUGCGAAUUACGCGCCACCCCGCUGUAUACUUACCGAGAUCAAGAAAUAGCGGAAAGAUAGGAGACCCGCACUCACGAGAUCAUCACAAUAGCAGAAGCACACGCGAUACGAAAAUAUCGUCUCUCAUUUUUAUCAGUCUCAGCUUUGAUAUCUACGAUCUUGUUACUAUUCAUUGUUUGUGUACCCCUUAGUCGUUGUGUACGGCCAGAAGAGCGGAGACGUUCGGAGAUAUUCUCGGUUAUUAAAAGAUAGAAACUCUGUCUAACAUUGUCAAGUCAUUUCAUUGAGCCGUGCAGCAGAGGCUGUUGCACAAUCCUGCCACUAAAUAGACGGUGCAUUAGCAGCAAAGUGGAAAGCAACAGGUCCAUAAAUCAAAGUGGAAGAGCGUCCUACCGUUUUCGAUAAAAUCUCGAGGAAAAUCAGAAAAGAACUAACGCUAAAGUAACAAUCGUCUUGGGCGUAAAAAAUACAGUACCAAAAUGUCGGACUAUGGUGGAGAUUCGUCGGUGCACAGCGGUCUCGGAUGUGUGACACUGGCAAAGCCCCGAGCUCCACCGCCGCCUCGACCAGAAAAUUUGCCACCGAAACCGCCUGUCAGACCGAAACCACGCACAGAAAGUCAAAAUUCGCAGAGUUCAUCUGUUAGUGAGGCACCGCGAGGAUCCGAAAGUUCAGGCAAUUUGGCAUCAAAAGAGUAUCAGAAAGGCUUCGAAUCACCGCGAGUUUCUGAAAAAACGUCACUCUACGCCUCCAGCAGCUUUCGGUCUGAAACGAAUGGCGGAAGCGGCGACUACACCUCCAAAUACAAGGACGUAGGCGCGUGUGCAAAUACCCUCAGCAAACUUGACGGGCCCGUCGGUUUCUCCACACUUCCCGAACAGGUGUAUAACAAGACGGUGAAACGUGGCUUUGAAUUCACGCUGAUGGUCUGUGGUGAGUCUGGUCUCGGCAAAAGCACCCUCGUUAAUUCUCUGUUCUGUGCUGAUAUUUACUCGGCCGAUUAUCCUGGGCCUUCGCAGAGGACGGUACAGAAGACUGUCCAGGUUGAAACAACAAAAGUUGUAUUACAGGAGGGACAAGUCACCUUGACGCUAACUAUUGUGGACACCCCGGGCUUUGGAGGAAAUCUAGAUAACACUAACUGCUGGAUGCCUCUCAUCGAUUUCAUUGAGGAUAAAUAUGCCGAGUAUCUUCAAGAAGAGACUAAGAUUCAAAGAUCGGCUCAUAUCGUCGAUAAUAGGGUCCACUGUUGCUUGUAUUUCAUCGCGCCAUCGGGGCACGGCCUGAAGUCGCUGGAUGUCGAAGUGAUGAAAAAGCUACACGACAAAGUCAACAUCGUACCAGUUAUUGCUAAAGCUGACACGUUCACGCCAGAAGAAUGCCAGCUUUUCAAAAGACGCAUUCAAAAUGAGCUUACACAACAUGGAAUCAAGGUGUACGAUUUCCCGUCGCUGAACGAAAUCAGCGAGAAUGGCUCAAUGGAAGUCGGCGGAUCAGAUGGGACAGAUCUCAAGAACGGAACUGUGUCCAAAUCAAUAAAGGACCGUUUACCGUUUGCCAUCGUUGGUUCGAAUGCUCUAAUCGAAAUUGGCGGAAAAAAGGUCCGCGCCCGAAAAUAUCCUUGGGGAACGGUCGAGGUCGACUCGAUCGAGCACUGCGACUUUAUCCCCUUACGGAACGUCCUAAUCCGCUCGCAUAUGCAAGACCUCAAAGAAGUCACCCACAACUGCCACUAUGAGCACUUCCGAGUUCGCAAGCUGACUGGGGGAGCGUGCGCGCCUCCCGAGGGCGGCGCCAGCAACAAGAAUCCACUUGCACAAAUGGAGGAAGAGAAGAAAGAGCAUGACGCCAAAGUAGCAAAAAUGCGUCAAGAAAUGGAAACAGUGUUUGCCAUGAAAGUCAAGGAAAAGUUGCAAAAGUUAGAAGAAAACGAAACUGAGCGCAGCCGGCGCCAUGAGGAGCAGAUGAAAUCACUUGAACAGCAGCGCGCCGAACUCGAAGAACGCGAGCGUAAUUUCGAAAGAGAACGAUUUGCCUUUGAAGCAACACAUCAGGAGUAUGCGGACAUGUUCCGCAAGAUGACGAUCGACAACCGAGAGUAUGCAUCGUUGAUCGCAGCUCUCAGUGAAGCGUGCACUGGUAGGAGUUACCAGGGUAGCCGCUAUUCGAUGCAGCUUAACGGCCGCGAAGGUCAAGCGCAAUUCUCAACGUCGGUCGGUAGCACGAGUUUUUCGUUACUAGUGACAGCAUUAUCAUUGUAUUAAGUCGUUCCUCGGACCGGGGAACCCCGCGGCGCCGACCAGUUCCGUCAUCGCUGGAUUGCGGUGCUACCUGCCUGCCGCUCAGCCAGACGCUGCUACUGACUACUAACCGAAGUUGUUCGCGCAGCUGGAAAAGUUCACCGUCGGACCAUAGUAGCUUUUCGUCGUACGGCGAGGGUGACGCUUAUCGACAGGACUACGAUGGCGAUGAUGAUGAUUCUUCGAAAUACUGACAGAUCUUCAAAAGGUGGCAGGCUUUUAGCGGUCAUUUUGAUAGGGAGGUACCGCGAGAACCAUUGAAUUGAAUUGAGCUUACAAGCGUGCUCAGAACUUGCUGUUAGCUAUCUUAAAUGCGAUGUUCACCCCAUCAAUAACACCAUUCGAAGUUUACAAUAACGAUAGGGUAAGGGUGAUCUCGAUUACGACCAUAGCUUGCGUUAUUGCAGAAAAUUAUUCUAAAUGAGUCGAUGGCCCAGAGAUACAUUAACUUACACCGAUAAAAAGGAAAAGCACGAAGCUGGAAAUUGACCGUUUCUAGUCACGUUACUUUUUACGCAGCUAUGUAGAGCACCCCUAUUCAACUAAAUUACAUUAAAUAAGCUAAAUGACGGAUAAUCUGACCUGUUAUCAAGCACAACUUCGUGUGUGUCUGUGCGUUUAGGAGCGGCCCUUGCAAACAACAAAUAGAGCUGUUAUCAAUGUUCGAGCUGCCCUCUAGCCAUGUUGUUAUACGAGAUCGUGUGCUAUAGACAGACAAUUGUUGGAAGUCCUACCAAGAAAAUUCCACUCAAACGUAUCCAUACAAGAGCAAGACUAAAUAUUUAUAUUAUUAUGA